AUGACACAGGGAUUGAUUUGCAGUAAUAUCAAGUUGUCGGCGACGGCGGCGUCGGCAAGAGUUGUCUUCUUUAUAGCAUUCACAACCAGCGCGUUCCCGUCGGAGUACGUCCCGACAGUUUUUGACAAUUACUCUGCCAAUAUAAUGGUUGAUGGAAAAGCGGUCAAUUUGGGCCUCUGGGAUACCGCCGGACAGGAGAAACGUGAUUUAUGCGAGUAUCAGCACCCCCCCUCCCUCCCUCCCCACUCCCAUUUUGAAUUUCUGGAUCCACCACUGCUGCUUUAUUUGAUUCCAAUAAUUUCUUUUUGGGAGGAUUACGACCGCCUCAGACCCCUUUCCUAUGCAGGGACGGACGUGUUUUUCAUCUGUUUUGAUCUAAGCAGAGCAUCUUCAUUUGAAAACGUGGAGCCAAAAUGGCUACCGGAAGUGAGACAUUAAUGCCCAGAUAUACCGAUUGUACUAGUCGGAUGCAAAGCUGACCUUCCGUCCGCAGUAUCCACAGCCGACAUCGACACGCUUACCAAGACUCAUGGACUUAUAUACUGUGAAACCAGCGCCCUCACCCAGAAAGGAUUGAAGAAUUGCUUUGAUGAAGCUACACGGAUAGUUCUUAACGCACCAAAGUCAAAGAAGUCCAUGGGUUUGUUCGUUAAAGCGAAAAAGACCAUCACGGAUCCGCCAGUAAUGCCGCAGACAGGUACUAGUCUGGGUGCUAAGGCAGACAAAUGUGAAA